AUGACAACUUUGUUAAAGUGGGAUGAGGAUACUGAAUUGCUUUUCGCAGAUAAUACGAGCACCGAAGAUUUUACUGCUCAAGCUGAUAAUCCUGUGGCAGUUGAAUUUCGACUAUUCAAUGAUGAAGUUUGCUUCCCUUCAAGUGACAAAUAUCAGCAAAUCGUCCAAAGACAUAACCAUGGAAUACAUUCUCAUUCUGGUUUUCUUUCAUCGAACGUGUCGUUAAGCGCACUUGUUUUAUUGUUCGGUCUUUUAACACAUUCAGUGUUUGAAGGUAUCGCAUUGGGCUCGUCGCUAAUCUCAACAGAAUUCUACAGUAUUUUAAUUGCUGUUAUGAUUCAUGAAGUAUUAUGUUCAUUUGCCUUGGGUGUUAGCUUAGCGCAACACAAUACUACUUGUAAAAAAGCAUUCAUGUCAUCAGUAGUACUUGCAAGUAGUAUUCCGAUGGGGAUGUCAUCAUCUAUUGUAAUAAGUUCUAUGGAAACCUUCACUGCACUACUGAUUCGAUUUGUGUUGGAAGGAUUCGCAGCUGGAACAUUCAUUUAUGUUGCAUGUAUCGAAAUGCUGAGUUCAGAAUUGAGUGCCCAUGAGCAUAGUAUCAAGCAAGGCCUCUCUAAAGCAUUGGCUGUAAUUACUGGUGUAUUUGCAUUCUUCUUUGUUAACGUUAUUUUCGGACAGCGAUCGCAUUCUUCACAUUCGUUGUCACAGCUUGCUGUAAUCAAAGCGAUUUCAGUAACACCUUCUAUGGAAACUGCCCAUUGA